CACGUUGUUCCAGCAUAUGUAAGUGAGGCUAGUCGAGACUUGGCACACACGGUCGUGUUUUUGUAGGGCUGUCUGUCAGAAUGUUUUACUCCGUAAUCAUACUCCCCCUUCUUGUGAUUUUGCUGGACUCAGAAGUUCAUGCCAUCGAUGUCAUGCAAGUGGGCACAGUCCCCGAAAAAGAAUGUUUCGGAACAUCAUACCGGUUCGGAUAUUCCGGUACCAGGCAAGAUCACUACGACUCUCUGCGCACGCGCUAUGAAGGAUGCACAGUGGUUCGUGGGAAUCUUGAGCUGACCAUUAUGGACGACCCCACAGUGACCUAUGACCUCAACUUCCUGAGGUCAAUCCGCAUCGUGACAGGCUACGUUUUGAUUGGACUAACCACCGUCGACGUCAUACCACUUGUGAACCUCCAGAUGAUAAGGGGAGACAACUUGUUCAGGCUCAUGCAGCGGGAUUACGCACUAGCCGUUGUGGUCACGGCAUCGGUCAAUCAAACAACGGGUCUGGGGCAGUUAUUAAUGCCCGCUCUGCGAGAGAUUUCCAGAGGCCAAGUGGUGUUUACUCUGAAUCCCCUGCUGUGUUUCGUCCAAACUAUCCUCUGGGAUGUGAUCAUCAAACAGCACGCCUCGCCAGUUGUCUACAGCGGGAUGCCUCUGGAGCAGAACUGCGAGGAAUGUGACGACGCCUGCGUAGUGGAUGGUGAAAAACACUGUUGGGGUCCAGGGGCAGACAACUGCCAACAAGUGCCUUCUCUGACCACGUGCCCCAAUAGCUGCAGAAAUGGCUGUUACCAAGGGAGCAAUCAGAUAAGGUGUUGUCACUCUCAGUGUGCCGGGGGUUGUUGGGGCCCCCAGCCCAAACGACUGUCAGCUGUGCAGAUAUUUUAACCACAAUGGCCGAUGUUUACGACAGUGGCCCCUCACAGAACCUAUCCCUGGGACAAGAGUGCAUACCGUUCUAACAAGGCUCUUACUUCUCUGCUAGAGAAUCUCUCUGACAAAAAACUGUCUGUACAAUAUAAUGUAAUGGAAAGAUUCUUAAUGGUUGUAAUGUGAAUGUGUAGAAGCAAAAGGAACGACCAAAGGACUCGUUGUAUUGUCUGCACAACCGGAAGUCCAUUACCUAGAAGUAUGCAAUUUCCGCAUAGCUAGUCUCCACGGCACUUUACACUUUUCUUCCAUCUCAAACACUUUAUGUGACGUAUCUGCUCAGCCAUGUAUUUUUUUCUCUCUCCACGGCUGAUGCGUGGGAUCCAAACGCGGUUUGCUCU